AUGGACUACAGCUCUGAUUAUUUUCCUAUAGCUUACUCUCCAACAUCAACAUAUCUCAAUCGUCAUAGCACCUGCAAGGAACGUCUAAACCAAUUAUAUUUUUCAGGAUUUGCUCGCUAUUUUUACAUCACUCAGAUUAUUUUAAGUCUCUUUAGCAUGAUUUGGGUUUUAAAUCAUAUCAAGAGAUAUCCAAGUAAUUUCUAAACAGAUCAAGGAUGGUUUAUCGCAUUAGAAGUCAUAAUCUGUGUAACAAUUUUAUCUGAAAUUUUGCUUACUCCCCCUCCGUGAGCGAACAAAAAAAUUUUUUGUUCGCUUACAUAAUUUUUUUUUUUAAACAUUUAUAUAAAUUUUAUAAAAUUUUUUUUUCAAAUUCCAAAAAUUUUUAAAAAUGAGAAGCAAAAGUUUAAUUUAAUUUGCGAAUUUAUAUAUUUAAAAACGUAAGCUGUUUAAAAUUAAUCAGAAUUAGCUAGAGAUUUCGUUCUAUAGUUAUCAUUUAUAUAUCAAUUUUUUUUCACCAAAAUUUUUGUUCGCCCACGGAGGGUGUUUUUUUUUUGGCAAAAAAUAAGGAUUUUUCUAAUAUUUGUGUUUGCUUACGGAGGAGGGGGAGUUAGAAUGUAUUUAAUCGGUCUUCGCCGAUUUUGAACUGCAUUGAGUAAUAUAUUUGAUAUUUUCAUAAUUAUUCUAUGCAUCUACGGGAUCAUUUUUGCCUGCACACAAGAUACCUUAUUUGACGACUUAGGAGGCAUAGUCGGCAUUUUUGUACUUAUCGUCCGAAAUUUAGUUCUCCUUUUACGAGUGCUAUUAUAUUUCAAAAAUAAACAUCGAAAAAGAAUCCCAAGCAUUCAUUUAGAAGAAAUGGCGCUGACUUCACCAUUAGAGAAUGAAGUAAAUAUGCAGACAAGCUUGCAGGUAAAUAGAGAAGUAAUUCAAGAACUUUAUAAGCCUAGGCUAGAUGUGCUGCAUGAAGAAGACGAAAUUAUGGAAAGCAGCUAUAAGACACCUUCUAUAUGGAAAGGCAGGGCAAGCCAGAAUUAA